AUGACAGAACCAACCAGCCUUCCUGCAGGUGCGGAUCAGACACAGAAAAAAGAGAGUCUUGUGGUGCAGCCGAUGAAGUGUGAAAAGGCAGUGGGUGUGCCUUCUCGUGAACUUGGUUCAGCAAAUGCUGCUGCUGACCAGAAAGAGCAGUCUGCGUCGGAAGUAAGAAGAGACUCUGUGUACAGAAGUACUGGGAGACCUGAGAAGACAGAUAUGAUUAAAUUACUUGUGACAGAUCAGGAUGCAUCUAGAAACUGUGAACUGUAUCUACCUGCGUCUAGUAAUUUUUCGGCAGUGGAGUCAUAUGAGGACAGUGAGGAGGACAUGUAUCGUGAUGCAGAAGAAAUAGAGAGAGAAAAAAUACUACGUUAUGAGAAAAGCAUUUCAGAAUAUAGACUUAGCAUUGCACCCGAAAUGGACAUAAUGGAGUAUUGCAGAAAAGAAUGGAGAGGAAAUACUCCAGUAGCAAAAAGGAUGAGAAAGGGAUAUGAAGCAGUUGCUCAGAAGUUUGCAUCUAUAAGGAGAGUACGAGGUGAUAACUAUUGUGCUCUCAGAGCAACUCUGUUUCAGGCACUAAGCCAAGCUACCCAGCUCCCAAGCUGGCUGCAGAGUGAGGAUUUUACUAUGCUUCCUGCAAACUUGCUAAGCAAAUAUGACUGGAUCAAGCAGUGGCAGCUGAAACAGAAACUGGGCAGGAAGAUGGGAGAAAUAAGUGAUGAAAUUAAAGAAUAUUUAAUGCUUCUAAAGAAAAAGUGGAAGAAUAUAAGUGAAAUCAAGGGUGCUAUGGAGAAACAAGAAGCUUGUGAUAAACUGUUUAAAAAUGAAGAGGAGGAGUAUAGUCUUUAUGAAGCACUGAAAUUUUUGAUGCUUAACACGGCCAUUGAAUUAUACAAUGAUGAUAAAAAUGGAAGAAGAGUUCCUGUCUUCUCAUGGUUACUGUUUGCACGGGAUACGUCGAGCAACCCUUGUCAGUUAAUGCAUAAUCACUUGAAUCAUAUUGGUCACAGUGGAGGCCUUGAACAGGUGGAAAUGUUUCUCCUUGCUUACACCCUGCAGUAUACCAUCCAAGUGUACCGGCUGUAUAAAUACAGUACUGAUGAAUUCAUCACGCUUUAUCCCAAUGACCCAGAGGAGGACUGGCCUGUGGUGACUCUCAUAACUGAAGAUGACAGACAUUAUAAUAUUCCAGUCAGAAUGUGCCAAGAGACUAUGCUGUAAACAUGACAUCUUUUUGACAGACAAACCUGUGCUGCUUAUUGAGGUUUCCAGUGCUAUUUUGAAACAGGAUGGUUAUUAAAUCUGCGUUAUUAAAUCUACAAAAUUUGAAAU